GCGCCCAACCCCUAUUGUCAAUUCCGAGUUGAUGAUCUGCCUAAAACCACAGCACCGAAAGUGCUUGACUCAUAAAUAUCCUAUUAAAUUACUAGAGGGACUAUGUGAUCAUAAUCCCUCAAAGUUAUAGAAUAGGAGUAAAUGGCAGCCGUCUUGGUCAGGGAGAAUUAUCAUUAUAAUUAUCAACCCUAAUUAUUUGGUUUGACUAAAGCAGUGACGACUCGGAUACCACGGUUUCUGCCUCCCGCCCCGCGGACACACAGUGAAGUUUGACUGUUUCGCUGUCAGCGCAGCGGUGAAUGCCGGUUUGUUUGGCCACCAGCGAACAGUUGCGUUUCGGCUCUACGUGUACAUGCAAGGUGUGAGAAAUGCCAUCAAGCGUAAACUACUCCUGGAACAAUUAAACAGCCCACCCUUGGAUUUGAAAGGAAUUAUAUAGACUUCGAGUGAUUUGCUUUGGGUUUUUUUCUUGGUUUGGCUUGUUUUUUGUUGUUCCAUCUUGUAGAGACUGAGAAAUAACUGCCAACAUGUCUAGGGAUCAUGACAAUGUGAAUAAGCUGACCGAAAGUACAUACAAGAAUGUGAUGGAGCAGUUGAACCCAGGACUGAGGAACCUUGUCAAUUUGGGGAAGAACUAUGAGAAAUCUGUAGCCGUGAUGACUCUUGCUGGGAAGGCGUACUUUGACGCUGUGUCAAAGAUAGGAGAGACUGCUUCCGUGUCCCCUGUCUCCAGAGAAUUAGGUGUGGUUCUGAUGGAAAUCUCUGAGGUGCACAAAAAGGUUCACCUGGAGCUGGAGGAGAAUUUCAAGCAGUUCCACAAAGAAAUCAUUUCUGAGCUGGAGAGGAAAACAGAGUUGGAUGUGAAAUAUAUGACUGCAACAUUCAAGCGGUACCAGUCAGAGCACAAAAUGAAGCAGGACUCUCUGGAGCGCUCUCAGACGGACCUGAAGAAGCUGCGGAGGAAGAGCCAGGGAAAACAAGCCACCAAGUACGAGAAGAAGGAGAACGAGUAUAUAGAGACCAUCUCGACACGGCAGAGUGACAUGCAGAAGUUCAUCGCUGACGGCUGCAGAGAGGCCCUCCUUGAGGAGAAGAGACGAUUCUGCUUCCUGGUCGACAAACACUGCACGUUCUCUUACCAUGUCACCACCUUCCACGAGAAGGCCAAAGAGCUGCUGGCAGUGAAGCUGCCCAGCUGGCAGGAUAAAUGCAAAGAUGCCACCAAGGUCCCCGACACGGUAUUGACCAUGCUAGAGGGGCUCCGCACCCCCAUGUCUGGGACUCCAGAAGCCUCGCCUUUCGUCGAACGCUACAACAGGAACAACAGGGACACGAUGGUUCCCCCACCAGCCCCCCAGCUGAAGGCCCAGAUCAGUCCACUGGCUAACAUGUUCAACCAGGACGUCCCCCACGCCUCCUUCACAUCCACAUCUACAUCAGACCACAACUCAGACCAGGGCAGUAUGGAGAACAGUGGAAGCCUGUCUCUAUCCCGGUCAGUGUCGAUGGGUUCUGGGCUGAACGUGGGCAGGAAGCCACGGGUCAGGACCAUCUUCCCCCACACGGCCGGCAACAACGACACACUCCUGUCCUUUGAUGAUGGUGACAUCAUCAUACUGCUCAUCAAGGAGGAGAAGGACGGAUGGCUAUACGGAGAGCUGGAGAAGACCCGGCAGCGAGGCUGGUUUCCCUCAUCUUACUGCCGACCUUACAAUGAACCACUGAUCUCAAACAGUUUGGGGACACCGGUGCGUCGUCUGAGUGUGGCCAGUCUUCCGGAACAGGAAGAGGAGGAGCCUGUUUUGCUGCCGCCGCCAGACUACAGCGACAGGACAGGGAGCAGCCCUGUCAGCCUGGUCAGCGCCUCCACAUACUCACCCAAAAACACGAUCUCUCUAGCCAAUGAGGUUGGAAAGGUUCCCUUUCUGGGAAGUGGGAAUCCCUUUGCCACUGUCAAACUGAGACCUACAGUGACCAACGACAGAUCAGCACCCAACGUCUAAUAACCAGAGCUCAUCCAGACAGAGGAAUGAUAAAGCACCACCAACACUCCAGAAUCACAGUCCAACAAGAUGUUCAGAAAGCAUGGAUUCUACUCCGCUUCAGCAAACCAACUCCAUUGUAGCUAGCUCCAUUGUACCCGAGCCAGCUCCAUUGUAGCCAGCUCCGUUGUAGCCAGCUCCGUUGUUACUAGCUCUGUUGUAGCCAGCACCGUUGUAGCCAGCUCCUUUGUAGCCAGCUCCGUUGUAGCCAGCUCCGUUGUAACCAGCUCCGUUGUAGCCAGCUACAUUGUAAAACAGAGUAGUGAAGUGACAAUGAUUAUGGGCAGUGCUGAAACAUAAGAAAAUCCAGGCUACCUUCCUGACUCUUGAGCUUUCAGAUUGUUUUUUAAAUAAAUAUAUAUACAGUCGCUAGUGAAAGUCUACACACCCUUUGCAGAGUCUUCAAAGUUUGUUGCCUUAAAAUGUCAUCUACAAAGGGAAUACAAGUUUUUUUCUACUGACCUACACUGACCUACACAACCUACUUCACAUUUUCAGACUGAAAGAUAAAUUAUACAACACCCCAGAGUUAAUACUGAGUGGAAGCACCUUUGGCAGCCAUUACAGCUGGGAAUCAUUUGUUGUACUAUUAGUGCAAAAUGUAUCCAUUGUUUUGGCAAAAUUGCUCAAGCUCAUUACAUUUGGUUGGGAAACAUUGAUGGACACCAAUAUUCAAAUCUUGUUUCUGAUUUUCAAGCAAAGUUAAGUCAGGCCUGAGAGUGGACUACUGAGGAACACUCAACACCUCUUGGAAAACAUUUUGGAGUCUUCGGCAUUAACAUUUGUGUAAUUGUUCCGCAAAAACAAAACCAUCCCAGGGUUAGGUUUUCAGAAGACUGACAGGGUUUCCUCUAACUUCUUAUCUGGGCUUUGCUCCUUUCAUAUUUAUUUUGAUCGUGGCAAACUCCCCAGUCCCUGCCGUUGACAAGCAUACCUAUAACAUGAGUUAUUAUAUGAUAAUUUACUGAUCUUGAGCAAUUUUGACAAAAACGAUGGAUAUAUAUUUCCCUAAGAGUUGUCGCGAGUUGGUAGAAUCUUAUUCCAAAUUAUUAACAGCUGUAAUGGCUGCCAACAGUGUUUCCAACAAGUAUUAAUAACUCUGGGGUGUGAAGACAUACGCAAUCAAGACUUCUUUUUAUAAAAAUAGUUUUAUUCAUUUUGAACACUUUCUAUAAUUUCUUUCACUGUAAAUGUGGAUUAGGUUGUGUACAUCGGUAGAAAGGCAAAAUGAUUAUUAGUUUAUUUUUGUAAUUUUUUUUAUAAAAAGUGAAGACUGCGAAGGGUGUGUUGACCUUCACUAGGCACUGUAUUCUGUCUGUAGACCUUCACUAGGCACUGUAUUCUGUCUGUAGUAGUUGUAGGAAUGAGGAACAGGGACACUAGUUGGGGAAAGAAGUGCUACAUUUUUUGCCAUAUUUAUUUUUUCAUUAUAACGUAACCAUUUUUCAAUGGGGAGGCUACUAUUUAUGCAUACAUUUUAAACAAAUUAGAGAUGUAUCAUUUAAAAAAAAAAAAAUGUCAUCAUAAAGAAGUCUACUCAGCCCCCACUAAGUGUAUUGGGUGUAAACAGUGAGAGUUUAUGGAAGAAUGAAUAUAGGUCAUGUAAGUUGUGUUUAAAAUGAAAAUAAGUGAUUUUUGAUUAGCCAUAGACUACUAAAUGAAUGUAUGCUGAAUGGGGAAUGGAUUGACAUAUGGACUCUGCUAUGCUAUUUCUUCAUAGUUUUAAAAGUAUUUUUUUUUCAUACUUGUUUAAAGGUUCAUGAUGUUUUUAAAGUUGUAAGGAGUCAAUUUAUCUUCGUUUUUUUCAUGGUAAGCUGAAGACUGUGUGUUUUACAAAUACACAAUUGUUGUAAAUCACAAUAACAUUGUUAUUGGUAGAAAUACCAUAUGAACCAUGCAGUAUACAGUAUAUCGAAAGAGUAUAUCGGUUUUUCUCUUCCUUCAGUGUAGAGGAAUUCAUGAUGCACACUGCUGUCCAUGAUAAUUGAUGAUUCCCAAAUAAGUUCUAACUUCUAUCUCUGUUCAGAUACUGAUGUGUAUUCUGUCAUUCUCUUAAGGUGACAAGGAAAAUGCUUUACCAUGGUGUUCUGUAGACUAAAGUUAUGUUAUCUCACAGUAAAACAGGAUAAACCUUACAUGGUCUUUAUUUUUUUUAUUUUUUUUUAUUCAUGUAUUGCCUUUGCAAUUUACUGCCAUAACCUACUGAAUAUCUGUAUGAAGACUGUAUAACUGACAAGGUUGUAUGUCCCUUAAUACAUGAGAUGAAAUUGA